UUAUCACUCUACUUUUUGGAUUUCGACCAUCUGUCUUCAUUCUUCACCAUCACCAGUCUCUUCAUUUGCAAUUGAAACCAGAAACGAUCUAUUAGAAACCCUAGUCUUUUUCUUCGACUCUCUAAGCUUCAAUAUCCAACAAUGGGCUCUGAAGGAUCUAGUGUUGUUGUUCCUAGGAAUUUCAGAUUAUUGGAGGAGCUUGAAAGAGGAGAAAAGGGAAUUAAUAAUGGAACAGUCAGCUAUGGCAUGGAUGAUGCUGAUGAUAUUUUAAUGCAGUCCUGGACAGGAACUAUUAUUGGUCCUCCCAACACUGUUCACGAGGGGCGCAUUUACCAGUUGAAAUUGUUCUGCGGCAAGGAUUAUCCUGACAAUCCACCUAGUGUAAGGUUCCAAACUCGGAUAAACAUGACAUGCAUCAACCAGGAAAGUGGAGUGGUUGAACCAAGUCUUUUCCCCAUGCUUGCUAAUUGGCAAAGGGAAUGUACAUUGGAAGACAUAUUGACGCAGUUGAAGAAAGAAAUGAUGUCUCCACAAAACCGUAAGCUAGCUCAGCCUCCUGAAGGGAAUGAAGAGGCACGAAUUGAUCAAAAGGGGCUAGUGCUCAAGUGUUGUAUAAUGUAAGUGCAUGUGAGAGAUGAAUGCAUGUGUGAUGAGUUGAAAGAAGGAAUGAACUCUGUAUAUAAUAAUAAAUAAUAAUACUCUAAUUCUAAGAGAUUCCAAUCGCUGGCUACGCUUUGUUAUUGUUUAUAUAUGAUGAUCCAAGUCCCAUCAAAAUGUGGCUAUAUGAAUGGAUAAUUAUAUGAAUUCACAACUGUUUUCUAUCUUUUCA